GGCAGCUGUGAACACCGGUGGGGGGCGGAGCCACAACCUCCAGUAGUAGUAGUAGAAGAAGAAGGAGACUCGGUGGAAGCCGAGGGAUGUCUGCGGUCUGACGAGGAGGACAACCGGGAACACGACCGACACCCGCUGCCUUGUCCUCGAGCAGCGUUUGAUGUGACUCAGCAGUGUCCCGUCUCGUCUCCACAGUGAUGCUUACCUCAUUGUACCAGUGACAUUCGCUUUCCGUCCCCGCGCCAGUCGAGACAGGACAGCAGGACGCGGAUCAGAACCCCCCGUCAUGGCCGCCAGGCCGCAGAAACCUGCUGCAGCAUCAGCAGCUCCGGGGGGGGCGGUGGAGUCCAAGUGGACGGACUACAGAGCCAGUGAGAAGAAAUGCUCCUGGGCUUCCUACAUGACCAAUUCUCCGACAGUGAUCGUGAUGAUCGGGUUGCCCGCCAGGGGAAAGACCUACAUGGCCAAGAAGCUGACACGCUACCUCAACUGGAUCGGAGUUCCAACUAAAGUGUUUAACCUCGGAGUUUAUAGGCGAGAAGCCGUGAAGUCGUACAAAUCAUACGACUUCUUCAGACACGACAACAAGGAAGCGAUGGAAAUCAGAAAACAGUGCGCCCUGGUGGCGCUGGAGGACGUGAAGGCGUACCUGAGCGAGGAGGGAGGCCAGAUCGCUGUUUUCGACGCCACCAACACCACGAGAGAGCGGAGGGAUCUCAUCCUGACUUUUGCUCAAGACAACUCGUACAAGACGUUUUUCGUAGAAUCACUUUGUGACGAUCCGGACGUCAUUGCUACAAAUAUUCUGGACGUGAAGGUUUCCAGCCCGGAUUACCCAGAGCGCAACAGGGAAACCGUCAUGGAGGAUUUCCUGAAGAGAAUCGAGUGUUACAAAGUGACCUACCAGCCGUUGGAUCCGGACGAACACGACAAGAACCUGUCCUUCAUCCAGGUCAUCAACGUCGGCCGCCGCUUCCUGGUCAACCGGGUGAAGGACUACAUCCAGAGCAAAAUCGUCUACUACCUCAUGAACAUCCACGUUCACUCGCACUCCAUCUACCUCUGUCGGCACGGAGAGAGCCACCACAACGAGGAGGGUCGCAUCGGGGGAGACGCCAAGCUGUCGGAGCGAGGGAAACAGUUCGCCACAGCUCUGAAGGAUUUCGUCCAAGAGCAUCGUCUGUCCGACCUGAAAGUUUGGACCAGUCAGCUGAGACGAACCAUCCAGACAGCGGAGGAGCUUGGAGUUCCCUACGAGCAGUGGAAGAUCCUGAACGAGAUCGACGCCGGAGUGUGUGAAGAAAUGACCUACGAGAUGAUCGAAGAAACGUACCCAGAGGAGUUCACCAUGAGGGACCAGAACAAGUAUCACUACCGCUACCCUGGAGGAGAGUCGUACCAGGACCUGGUGCAGCGGCUGGAGCCCGUCAUCAUGGAGCUGGAGCGACAGGGCAACGUCCUGGUGAUCUGUCAUCAGGCCGUCAUGCGCUGCCUGCUCGCCUACUUCCUGGACAAGGGCGCAGACGACCUCCCGUACCUGAAGUGUCCGCUGCACACUGUCCUCAAACUGACGCCCGUGGCUUAUGGUUGUAAAGUGGACAUGUUUGACCUGAAGGUGGAGGCUGUCAACACUCACAGGGACCGGCCUCUAAGUAAAGCUCAAGCGGACGCCGUGCCACCAGCUUUCCUCCGAAGAAACAGCUUCACGCCGAUGUCCAGCCAGGACCAGAUCAAACGACCUCGCCUCUACAGCAUGGGCAACCCUCCCCACGCCCGCAUGUCCCAGGCCCCCGCCUUACCCAGCAUGCAGUGCUCUGAGGCAUCGGAGGGGGCCGAGCUGCUGCAGAGCGAGGAUUCUGUGAACGGCUUCAGUGCAGCAGACACAGACUGUGUUCGGAGUUAAAAGAAGCAUUCAAAAAGAGGAAGAGACUUUUUCUUCACUUGGAUGAGCAGUUCUGAGAACCAGCGGGAAAAGAUGCCACCAGCUUCUGACAUUACAAACAACAUGCAGCACGUCUGUAUAACCCUGUACAGUACGUCUGUAUAGCCCUGUACAGUACGUCUGUAUAGCCCUGUACAGUACGUCUGUAUAACCCUGUACACGUACGUGUUGUCUGUUCACUUCUAAAGAUUUUGAAUCGGGAUCAAAGUCAGUUGCAAUCAGUUCACAGAGAUUUUGACAUUUUCUGUUGUGAGUAAAACUUUGUUCGACAAAUAUGAAGGAUUUAUCCAAACACGUGGAAAGAGUCUGUGUCCCGCGUUGGAACGAGGUUCCCGGGAAAAAAAACAUGAAACGUUAUUGUUGACUGACUAUUUCUUUAGUUGCAAUAUUUUGAUCUUAUAUGCUGCAAAUAGAAAAAGUUCGUGGGGUGGUUUAAUAUUCUCCACUGUACGUUUGUGUCACGGAUCAUGAUUGUGUGUUUUAAAAAUAGUUUGUUUUAGUUCAGUGACUGUUGGACAACUGUGUGUGUGUGUCAGCGUGUGUGUGUGUGUGUGUCACAUAUAUACUGAACAUGCACUCGAUGCCUUUACACAAACCUCAGAUACUUAACGUACAGAUUCCUCAUAUUUUACUGUAUUAUAUUUAGAAAACGGUGUGAUUUUUCAUUGAUCAUAUAAUUUAAGAGAUUGUGAAGGAAAAUAUAUUCAGCCUUAAUUCUUACUGACAUCAACAUUCCCAGCUGAUGUGCGUCCCUCCUCCGGUGUAGUAGUCAAUUUUAAUUUGUAAUUAAAAGGGUAUUAAAUAUUAAUUUACAGCUAUUCAGUUUGUUUUGUUCUUCCCAUUCUCGUCUUAAUCUUAAUUUGUACAUUUUGCCUUCUAAUCCAGCUUGAACACAUUCAACCUCCCACUGUGACGAUAUAAAGUUUUGUAAAUCGAGGCAGAUGUUUCAUGUUGCAAAGUUCAUUUGAUGCUGUUUAGAUUAUUCAUAAGGAAAAACCCAACUUGUUCUUCAGACACUAUGUUCUCUGCGUUCUGUCCAGAUCCACAUGGAAGAUCUACUCCUGAUAUUCAAAUAAAUAAAUGAUAUUCAUGUGGUCUGGCGAAACAUUUGGAUUUCUGAAAAACAUGUUAAUGUUAUUAAAACACUGUUCUGCACGCGUUUCAAUAAAUUAAGUUAAAUGUGA